AGAGCCAAGGGGGAUAGCAGAGGGGCUGCUGGCCACUAAUAUUAGCCAUCCAGGGGCUGCUAGUGUAUGCUGGGCUUAACUCCAAGAACUGAAGAUGAGCUUCCUACUCUUUGGCGUCACUGCCUUACAUCUCAUCAUACUGGUGAUCCUCUUCGUUGCCACACUUGACAAUUCCUGGUGGGUAUUCUCUGAAGAGGAGACUGUGAACCUCUGGUACGACUGCCUUCUAGACAACAACACGGGAGUCUGGUUGUGUUCUUCUGUAUCUACUAAUGAAUGGUUCCAUGCGGUCCAGGCGCUCAUGGUACUGGCAGUCUUGUUCUCCAGCUUUUCCUUCAUGCUGUUCAUGUGCCAGCUCUACACCAUGGAACGCGGAGGACUAUUUUAUGCCACUGGUGUUUUCCAGAUCCUUGCAAGUCUUGCUGUAUUCUCUGGAGCUGUCAUCUAUGCAACCCAUGUAACAGAAUUCCACCCAGAAAGGGCAAAAUCAGGUUAUUUUGGCCACUGUUUUGUAUUAGCCUGGGUGGCCUUCCCCCUGAGCAUACUGAGCGGAAUCAUGUACAUCCACCUCCGGAAACGGGAAUAAGGCAGUCUGUAUUCAUUUUCUCCUUCCAAAAAUCAGGGACAAGCAAGAGGAUACCAGAAAGAUUUGAGAACCUCAGUGCCAGCCCUGGAAAUGGACACCAUGCUCUUAACCAACACUAUCAUUUUCAUCCACAUCACAAGUUCACGUAGCGGCCUUAACUCUGGCUAGAAUCUUGUUGGCUGAGCCACAGCUCAGUGAGUACAACAGAGAGAUUAAUUCGGAAAUGACUUUAGAAUGUGUCAUUCGAUAUAACAGUCUGUUUGCAUAGCAACCGUCCCACACAAUUUAUAAAAUACAGACGAGCCGCUAAAUCACUUCACUUUUACAUUAAGAACCAACAUGAGUCAUUGGGAUUCCCCUUGACAGUUUCCUUUCCAGAGCAAAGCUUUUUGUGCUGUCACUUCUGCCGUAGAUAUGUUGCUCUUGUAUUGAGGACAAUGACGGCAAUGGGUUUUCCAGCAGAGGCACUUACAUCUCUGAUGGAACUGUCCUAUCAGCAAUAAUCUUCAUUCACCACCGCUGAUAUCUCCAUUAUAUUCAUAUCUCUUACGAUGAACCUCCUACGUGGCUCUUUGGAUUAGAUUGGACGAACUUUUUACUUUUAUAGUCAAUGCUGAUUGUUCUCUGCUGUUUUCAUUGCCAAUUACCACUUCUGGACAAUGCUUCUCAAUGUCGUCGCUGGUCAGAAAGUCACCAGUGUGGCAUUGCCCGUCUUGUGGGUAUAUUCUGUUAUUGGAGAGAAUUCAAAUUGCCUUUAUCAGUCACCAAUGACUCCUAAGUAACCACAUCAAGAGUAUAUUGCAAUAAAGUUCUGCCAAUUCCAAUAAAGGACCAGUGAGAAUUGAAA